AUAGUUUCCAUGGCAUCUUCGCUAAGGAAAAUUUAUCUUCAAAGAACAAUCCUUCGGAGAAUUUCUCUGUGAAAUGAAAAUCACGAGUUUUUGCUACUCUAUAUAUUUUUUAGAAAGUCACAAGAAAAUGGAAGAGAAGAAUCUGAAAGGAUAUUAAGAUUAAAAAAGGUUUCCAAGUCAUCUAUUUCUGUGUUUUAUGACGUAGCGGAGUUUAAAAGUCGCCCUUCAAGGUUAGAAACCCAUUCCGGGAGAAUUCUCAGGGUUUGCGAAUUCGCUUCUUUUCAUUAAAGGAAGCUGUCGACUUUUUUUAUUAUAUAGUAACACUUCCCUUUUUUCCCUCUUUCUAUUAGUUAUCAAAUGAAGAAAGGCCAGGGAAAGAAGAAUGGCCAGGAGAGUUCCAAAAAACACAGUAAUGUGUCCUUACAAGAACUUGUCUUCAAAAAAGGCGAACCUUUACUUGAUGAAAUUAUUUUCAAGAAACAUAACGUCGUAUGGAGAGAAGAAAAGAGGGAGAAACCAAAGAGAAGGCGAUUGUCCAAACCGUGCUCCAUCGAUGAUAAGAAAUCGUCAAAUACGGAUUUCAUAGAUUUGGAAGAAGAAAAUUCGGAAUUUGUACACAGUGACAACUCGCUCGGCAAGGGACGUUGCAUUUCGUGUAAUAGUCUAGAUGUAGAAGUAUAUGACGACUUCAGUUUCAGAAAGAUAAAUAACCAUUACGGUAACAAUGACUCGUCUUCAUCGGAUUUGGAAGACGACGAAUUCGAAUUACGUAACGAUCAAAUCAUUUUUAGUAAACUUACAGAACUGGAUGUUCAUGAGAAUAAUAUCAGCCAUGCGGCGCUUAAAAAAUGUAGAAAAUCCAAAAAGAUAAAAACAGUAAGCAACUAUUCAGACCUGCCAAAAGAGAUACAAGAAGAUCGCCAUCUUGUAAAAUAUUGGCAAAACCGAUACGAGCUUUUCCAUCUGUUCGAUGGAGGAAUCAAAUUAGACAGAGAGAGUUGGUAUUCCGUAACACCAGAACGCAUCGCCAAACAAAUAGCAAGACGAUGUAAAUGCAAUAUCAUUAUUGAUGCCUUUUGCGGUGCAGGUGGGAAUACUAUCCAAUUUGCAUCCAUGUGUAAGACAGGUACGUAUAUCUGUUGCAUAUGCUUACGUUAUAUUAGUUAUAUUGAUUACAGAUUUAGGAAAAUUACUUUUAGGAACGAGGAAGUGAUGGCAAUCGAUAUCAAUCCUGAAAAGAUCGAAUUGGCCAGAAACAACGCGAGAGUCAAUGGCGUUGAAGACAAUAUUACAUUCGUGGUCGGCGAUUUUCUUAAGAUGGCCCCCGCCUUAAAAGCCGACGUGGUGUUCCUAAGUCCACCUUGGGGUGGCCCAGAUUAUUCAAAGCAUCAAAUAUUCGAUAUUAAUUCUAUUUUGCCUGUCAGUGGAAAAUUGAUCUACAAAAAAGCCCGCCAAAUAUCGUCAUCUAUAGCCUAUUAUCUACCUAAGAAUAUAAACGUCGGACAGAUAAGGGCGCUAGCCAAAGAAGGAGACCUGAUGGAGAUUGAGAAAUAUCUUGAAGGGGAUAAAGAAAUUGCAGUGACCUGUUACUACGGUGGACUAGUUAUGAAAAGCCCGGAUAAUUAG